CGACCGAUGAGAGGACACGAGACGCGAGAGGCCUGGAGUGGAGUGGAGGCUCAGACGGGGGAACGAGCCAAGCCUAGGCCACAGCUUCAUUAUCCGAAGCGCCCCCCCCCCCUCCCCCUCCCCUCGGCCUCGGCCUGCUUCCUCCAUCGCCUCCGUUCUCCAUUCCUUCGAUCGUCGCUCGUGUCCGAUUCAAUCGACCGACUGAGCUGUGUGAGUGAGGCCAGCCGAGCCGAGCUGAGCUGAGCUGAAGUUCCAUGGAAACCCCGUCCCUGUCCACGAGCACCGGGAGGGAGGAGCUCAAUUGUGCAGGAACCGGAUCAUCACAGGGUGGGGCCGCAGGAGGACGAGCUCAGUGGCAAAGUAAUCGCAGUGGAAAGCGCAGUGGAAGCGAAUAUUAGCUGCGAAUUGGUGUAAUCUUGGGGCGGUGGUGGUCGUUAGGCGCGGGGGUUUGUUUGCUCGAGGACGUCCCGUUGCCGGAGAGCAGGAAUUGGCUCGUGCGGUGGCGCAAUCCCGAUUGCCAGUGUCGUCGGGUGGCGCAAAUUUGUCGACAAUUCGUCGUUGUGCGGGGCGAUUGUGUGCUGCUGCGGGUCGGGAUGGACAGGGCAGAGAUGGAGGUUUGAGCGAGCGAGCGGAGAUUGGGACAUCGAUGGCGACGACAGCGGUGUACCGCGCCGGCUCUGCGGUGAGGGGCGCGGAUCUUGGGAAGGCCGCCGCCUUGCAGGACCUGAUUCGGCUGCACGGGCGCAGCUGGGCGAGCAGGAAUGGCGCCAAGGAGCAAUGCAGCCUGAGCAGCAGCAGCCGAGGAGGCGCAGGCGGAUUCGAAUUGAAGUGCCACAUGGGAUUGCCAUCUCAGCAGGUCGAGGCGCACUCAUCGUCGUCCUCGAAGGUGAGCGCGUCGCUGAAGCAGGCGGAGCUGAGCCGCGACCCGUUGGUGCUGCCCUCGUCAUCGUCGUCGGCGGCGUCGGCCGCGCACCAGCUCGAGAUCACUCUGCACCAGCUGCGAAUGCUGCCCGAGCAGCUGGACGAUCUGGUGCUGGACCAACAGCCACAGCAGCAGCGCGGCGACGAUGAGAGCCCUGGGGUGAGCAGCAGCGCCAGCGCGGAGCCAGCUAGUCGGCAGAAGAAGCCGUGGACAGGGGUGCGCAGGCAGAAGCGCAUGGCGCCGCUGCCGCCAUGGACGCAGGACGAAUUCCGGCGCAGGGAGAAGCAGAUUCUGGAGGCGAUUCUUGCCGAGCAGGCGGAGGCGCGCGUGCUGGUGGACGACGUGUUGAAUUCGUGGCAGGGCAAGGUGACGCGCGUGGAGCUGACGAAUCUGAUGAAGGCGUUGGGGCAUCUGAAGCAGCCGGACGUGGCGCUCGACGUGCUGAGCUGGAUGCAGAAGCAGUCGGGCCGGCUCAAGCCGAACAAGCACGUGUACAGCACGAUCCUGGGCGUGCUGGGGCGCGCGGGCAUGGUGAGCAAGGCGCGCGAGCUCUUCGACUCGGCCGAUCUCAAGGCGCUGCGCUCCGUCGUGCUCUUCAACGCCAUGAUGGGCGUGUACGUUAGGAGCGGCUUCUUCAAGCGCGCCUGGAAGCUGUACGAGGAGCUCUGCGCGCAGGGCCUCGAGGCCGACGAGGUCACCUUCAACACGCUCUUCAGCGGCAUCGCCAAAUCCGACAUGCCCGUGCACAUGGCCGAGAAGCUCUUCUCCAAGAUGCAGCAGUCGGGCGUGCCCGCCGGCCGCUUCACCUACAACACGCUCAUCAUGCUCUACAGCAAGGCCGGCAAUUUCAAUGCCGCCUCCGCCAUGCUGCACGAGAUGCGCCAGCGCGAUCACCUCCCGGAUCUUUGUACAUUCAACACUCUGAUCGCCCUGCACGCGCGCGCUGGCCAGGUCGAGCAGGCCGUGCACGUCUUCCGCACCCUCACGGACGCCGGCUUGAAGCCCGACACCAUCACCUUCACCACCCUCAUCCAGAUGUUCAAUCAAGCGCACCUGCCCUCGAAAGCCGUCGACUGCUUUGCUGAGAUGCAGGCCUGUGGCUGCAAGCCCGACCUCAUGACCUACAGCCUCAUGGUGCACGUCCACGGCCGAGCCGGUCGGCCCAGGGAAGCCGAGCAGGCGCUGCAGCAAAUGCAGCAGGCCGGGUUCCGACCCAAUGUCGUGACUUGGAGCUCGUUGAUUCAGGUUUAUGGCAAGCAGGGCAUGCUGGCCGAGCUGAAUGCGUGCUUUGCUGAAAUGCAGAAGUCUGGGUGCCGGGCUGAUGCCACAUUGUACAACAUUAUGAUGAAUGCGUAUGGGCAGGUUUCCUUGCCAGGCCAAGCUGCCUGUCUGUUCCGACAAAUGCAGUCCCAAGGCAUUCAACCCACCGAAGCCUGCUACAACACCAUGAUCCACGCUUACGCUCAUGUGGGCAAACUAGACGAAGCCAGAGCUGUGUGCCAGCAAAUGAUAAGGGCCGGAUUCGGUCCCGACAAGCUUAGUCGACGAUUUUUAAAUCAGAGUGCUCUGUCUGCCAGCAGAGGGAUACACAGAGAUUCUUUUCAAAGCCAUCCCAUUAGACCCCAGCCGAUUUAUUUGUAAACUAGGUCCAUUUUCAUAGCUAAUCGAAAUAUGGUAUGGCAAUUAUCCAUCACGCUCCAGUAAUCUAUCGUUGUGUGAUUUAUCGGGAGUCUAGGCCCUCCCAUAUCAUCGGAAAGUGCGUGUGAAUGCUUCCAAUCUGACUUCAAAUCUCGUAUCUUCUCGCUCUUCUUCGGCUUUCUCGUCUGUUUCGAAGCUCGCAUGCACUGAAGACCUGGAGCAGUGGACUACGACAGCAGCAACUGUAUGUAUGGUCGCCCAGCAGAUGACGAGGGACCAUUGAGUGAAUAAUUUCCGGGUCGCAAUGAAUGAACAACAGUCCGUGAUAUUGUGUUUCACUGGCGUGGACCGCAGACUUCAGUCGUGAAAACAUGGUGAAGCUUGAUGACAUUCCAGUAGCUUCGGCGGUUGACGGGUUUCUGGGUGUCUGGGUCUCCAUGUCAAUACUUGACGAACGCAUUGUUCCUUGGCUAGAGCUCCACGUACAAUCUCUCCAUUCUGCCUUUUUGUGAUGGGUCCUGUGUCGUUGGUUUUGUCAUAUUUAGCUCAUCAGCGACGUUCAACAGAGUUCCCCGGAGGAAUGUGGCGGUCCAAGGGCGCCAACCACUGCCAACCGGGAAGAAGCCGGGCAUUUCAUGGCCGCUCAUUGCAAAUGCAUUUGGUCUGAACAUUAUUUCUUGGAGAGUACGUUGUCCGGCGAAGGAAAAGGCUUAGCAGCUUGCCUCCUUCCUGGGACGUCGAGAGAUAUUGGUUGUGGCUCAGUAUCACAUUCGAGCAGAAGAAACAUUGAUUGCAUGCCGUGAAGAACCAAGUAGGACUCGGAUGGAAAACGCCCCCAGCCAAUCGAGACCUCGAUUUGUUUGAGAACGAGAUGUGAAUCGGCUCGGUGAACUGCCCAUGGAGACGAUAAACAUGUGCUUAUCUACUGUGAAGGCCCACCACG